AUGUCUUCAACGACUCCCGUCACGGCCGACUUCUCGUCCCCUCCACUGAAACGCAGCAAGAUCGUGCUUUUGGGCGACCAGAGUGUGGGGAAGACGAGUCUAAUUACAAGGUUCAUGUAUGACACGUUCGACAACACAUACCAGGCAACGAUAGGCAUUGACUUUCUGAGCAAAGCCAUGUACCUGGAGGACCGCACGGUCCGGUUACAGCUCUGGGAUACAGCAGGCCAGGAACGUUAUCGUUCGCUCAUCCCAUCGUACAUCCGUGAUUGCUCUGUCGCAAUUGUGGUCUUCGAUAUUACAAACCGCCAGUCCUUCAUGUCUACGUCGAAAUGGAUUGACGAUGUGCGGUCGGAGCGAGGGAAUGAUGUAAUCAUCGUCCUCGUGGGGAAUAAGGCAGAUCUCUCGGACAAGCGGCAAGUGACUCUCGAGGAGGCGAACGCGAAAGCGACGCAGCUGAACAUCAUGUUUAUGGAGACAUCUGCGAAGGCUGGUCAUAAUGUCAAGAGCUUGUUCAAGAAGAUUGCUAUGUCGUUGGUCGGGAUGGAGAAGGAGAAUGAAGCGUCCGAAGCCCAGAACACGAAGAUCGACGUUACAUCGCCACCACAAAACGACAUGCCCGAUGCAUCGCAGUGUCAGUGCUGA